GCUUCACAGUGUACUUGUAGUUUAGUUAGUGUACCUUGAUGAUUGCCUGACACAAAGUGAAAGAAACUAUUCCACAUCCCAACGGGACAGGUUUGUUUUGUUCAUCCCAAAAAUAUACCAUGAUAGGUUCUUUAGGUAUACAUUUAGGAACUGAUGUGAAAAAAUAAAUAUUAGAAUAACUAGCCCUGCAAUAGGACAUUAGCGGUCAAGUGACCAUUAGCAUCGCUGCUGCUGCUGCUGCUGCUGGUGCUACCCGGAAACAUUGCAAGGGCCGGAAAGAACCGAUGUUUGGGGAGCACACGUCACUCACUUUUUUUUUUUUUUACCCCAAAUUUAUUAGCGCCCACCAUCAUUCCCAACAUUUUCUGCCGGGUAACUGUGUUGCUAGCCCCCCUUCUUUCUCUGUCGUGCUUGAGUGGUAUGAGGGAGGACGACGCCGGUAUCCGACGGUGUUUAUUUGACGGUGCGGAGGGGAGCGGCGGACGCGCUUUAGCCCAGAGCCUUAGCGAGCGGCGGUGAAAAUGGCUCCGGCUAACCACUGGAAAACGGCACGCAGCAAUGGAAGCGAGCGGUAGCUACUUAGCUUGUGGCUAAUAGCAAGCUAUCUAGAAGAAGGCGUGACAGGCCUCAUCCGUCUGCGACUGUGCUCAGACGCGCUCAGUGGCAAGAUUUUAUUGCUGCUUUUCAUGACAAUGAGAAUCGGCCCUAAGUGCGAUAAAGUGUCUUUCUCGGUCGCCUGUCGGGGAUUCUGCAAAAGCUCCAUCGGAUCGAUUGGAGGAAAUGGUAAGAAUGGAAGAGCUUCAGGGUCUUCUUGGCUGAACACAGAUGAGGAAUCUCACUUAGAUGAAGGGAAAUGUCAAUGCAGUAACUGGCAAAGGAAACAAGAGGAAGUCAAUUGAACUGCUUUGCUGUAGAACUUAUUGUAAGAGAUUUUUCAAUUUAGCGGAACAUAUCCAAAGACACUUUUUUUUUUAUUUGAGCUUCCCGGCUAACCUACUGCUUUUGGAAGUAAAUUGUGAGCAGUGGAGGAUCGAGAACAAGAGUAUCAUCGUCCGAUUGUCUUCUUUUUUUUUUUUUUUUUUUUCUUUAGAUUGAAGUGACAUCAAAACAUUUGCACAAAAUCCUCUUUUAGACUUGAGUUGACAUUUCACCCGUCUGUCGGGACUCUUGUUGCUGCUCCUAGCACUGGAGGUUUGGCCCUGUACCCCCCCAUGUGCAUUUGAGUGGGAAAUGUUCCAAUUUGGAAAAUACAAUUUGGACAUUAUAGAGAUGUUAAGUGGGCACCAGGCCCACCAGUUCAAAGGUCUUGGUCUAGACCGCCAACUACAGCAUCAGCAGCAAGUGCAACUCCACCAGCAUCAACUACAGCAGCAGCAGCAGCAGCAAGCUGAGUCGUCUGGAGCCCUUCUGUCUGGACUUGGCUUGGGACCCCUGCAGGGGUCAAGAGGUAACGCCUUUUCUGAUUCUGCCUCCAUUUUUGCCAAGAUGAGUGCCCCUCCUCCCCCACCUUUACAACAACAGCCUUCCUCAUCUCAGAGCUCUCGUUCAAAGUCAAGCAAGAUGAGCAGCAGCAGCAGCUCCUCGAGCCAUUCCUCGGGCUACCCACAGUUCCUGCGCUCUUUCCACCCGUCUGAGGCAGCACUAGCACAGGAGCAGUUACACCCAGGUGUAGGCCGUUUUGAGCACUUUGCCGGGGGGAGUAGCAGUAGCACGAGUGCUGGGGGAUUAGGAGGAUUAGUAACAUCAGCACCUCCACCCCCACCUCCUCUGCAUCCCGGCCUGUCUGUCCCCCAAGCAUCAUCUGGCCCCUCCUCGUCUUCCCCUUCCCCUUCAACCUCUGUGGCCACCUCUAACAAUCCCUCUAGUAGCAGUGCAGUCAGCUCAUUGGGACACCAGUUAGUUGGAGCCCAGUCUGAUGCACGGAGCCUUCACCAACAGUUCAGCUGCAUGCUAGCUGCUAACCAGUAUUUCCUUUCUGGGGUGCCUGCUAAUGCUAGCUUAGAGCAGUUUCUCGUUCAGCAGGGUAGCCAUAACCACUUAGGGAUCGGUUUAAGUCAGUCAGGUGGGGAGCCCAGCACUAGCCUCGCUCCGCCCCCUGCGCUGCAUUCUUCUCACCCGCAUAGCCACUCUCAGUCGCAGCAGGCGCCGCAGCAGCCACCCCAGCAGCAACAGCUUCCGCCUCACACCCUAUCUCAUCCUCACUCUCAUUCUCAUCCUCACCACCCGCUCCACCCCAGCUCCCAGCCCUCGUCGCUGGGCAGUUUUGACUUUCAGGGUAUCCCUGUCCUCUCGUCAAAUCAAAUAGCUUCUCUGAUGCAGCAGGAAGCAGGUUUGCCGCUCCCCUUGCCACUUCAUUUAUCCUUGUCAAAGGAUGAUGGUAAAGCGGAAAGCGCAGGUGGUGGAACUGGUGGUGGUAGUAGUAGCAGUAGGAGGAAGAAAGCGAUGGCUGGUUAUUUGCCCCAAAGAAAAUCUGAUAGCACUAAUAAUGGCCACAACAGCCAUAGUGGUAACCCUAGCGCUGCUAGUAGCAGCGGAGCACUUAGUCAUAGUCAGCCCCCAGCUUUAAUUGGAAGUGGGGUUGGCUUAACAAAUAUGGGGGGAGACCCGUCAUCCCUUCUUGCCUCGUCAUCUUCAUCCUCAUCAGUAGUUUCUUCCUCCUCCUCCGCCGCUCCCUCUUCCUCUGCUGCCUCAGUACUCGUCGCUAAUGAUUCUCACCUUUCUAAAUCUGAUAACCCCGGCUCAAUGCAACAUAACCCCACCGAUUCCGAUACAGAGCCAAUUUAUAGCUGCGGAGAGUGUGGCAAAAGCUUCCCUCACCUUUCCAGCCUUCGCAGGCAUAUGCGUAUGCAUGAGCCAACAGCAGCUGGCACUAGCAAAACCGCCUCUACUGGCCCAAAUCCUGUUCACAUUAAAACUCAGUCAGACCCCACCCUCCCCCAUUCGACCCAAGAUACUCCUCAGCCCUCGUCCAGUUGUUGCCCUAGCCCAGACAAAAUAUUUCAUUGCCCCGAAUGUGGCAAAGGCUUUAAGAAAAAAGGACACCUCCUGCAACACGGUGUCUUACAUUCUUCAGCCCGCCCCUAUGGCUGCUCCACCUGCUCUCGGGCUUUUAAUCGUAGAGAGUCACUGACACGGCAUGAGAAGAUACAUGAGGAAAAGCCAUUCCGAUGUCCUGCCUGUGGUCGUGCCUUCCGUGAGAGCACCUCUCUACUCAACCACGCUGCCUCAGGCACCUGCGGCAAGCCAGGUAGGGGACCUAAACAACGAGGCAGCAAGACAGGAAGCGAUGGUGAGGACAGAGUUGGGGGAGGGAGUGGAGGAGGUAAUGGAGGAGGGGGAACUUAUCCGAGCAAUAGGGGGGUCAUUUAUGGGAAAACUGAGGAAGAGGAUGGUGUAAUCAUUGUUGGGGAAGGAGAGCCAAAAUCAGGGUUAGGAUGUGAUGGUCUGUUUCAGUCUGGAAGGGGAGGGAAUUCAAAUGACAGGGACAGAACAGAUGGUAAAUACCCCACUGACUACUCUCGGAAUCGUUACACAGGCUACCAUGAAGACCACCGUUCUCAAGGUAAUCCAUCUCCGUGCUACUCUGGCGCCUCCCCCUGCGGAAGUGGGAUGGCCGGCCCAGCUCUGAGAAAGGCACCCCUGGCCCCAACACUGCAUCCACACUCCCAGAGCCACAGCCAGCACCACCAUCCUCAGCAACAGCCCCACCUGCCCCUCUCUUCUCUACUGGAUGACUCAGAGGACGAUGUCACUAGCUCCGUCAAUAACGCAAUCUCUGCUAUCACGGCUGCCAGUGGAAAUAGAGAUGAUAGGGGAGACAUCAUAGGAGGUCUGCUCGGUGGUCUUGGUCUUGGCCCUCUUGGUUCACCAUCAACCUCCGGCAUGGAUAAAAAUUUCAGAGGUGGCGGGAAUCAGGAGCCUUUGAGCGGCAAUCCACAGAAUCCUGCUGCUAAGCCCAAACGUCCCCGCAAACCCAGAGCCAAGAAAGAUCCAACAGCCGACGGGCAGCCCCCUAAACGUAGGCAGUACACUCCCAGGAUGGGAACCAGCGGGCUCCCCCGCACUCACCUCUGCAGUGUCUGCGGUAAGGGUUUUGCACGUCGCGAGACUCUACGCAGACACGACCGCAUCCAUACCGGGGAAAAGCCUCAUCACUGCACUGUUUGUGGGAAAUAUUUUCGAGAGGCUUUCCACCUUAGCAAGCAUCAAACAGUCCAUUCUGGGGCAAAGAAUUACAAAUGCAGCAUUUGUGGUAAGGAGUUUGGUUACUCCCAGAGCCUCAGGAGGCACAGCAAACUCCACCAAAAGGGGGAGAUGGAAGAGGUGCCCACAACACCAGCUCCAGAGAACCUCAACAGCUUUAAUCCAAACCCUCAAUGCAGUGUGCCCCAAGACGGGAGCCAGAACCAAGUACCAAGCACCUCCUCCUAUUACUCUUACCCUCAAGAUGUCAAGCCUCAAGAUACCCACCCUCCGCCACAGACCCAGCCACAUUCACAGCCUCCGCCUCGUCUUUACACCUGCGCUAUAUGUUGGAAGUCCUUCCGCCAUCACUUCCAUCUGACCGCUCAUCACCAGACGGUUCAUGAAGGUGGGGGUGAAAAGCAUUUCUGCUGUGACGUGUGUGGGAAAGCGUUUGCUUACUCAAAUAGCCUAACCCGACACAGGCAUUCCCAGCAUGGGAUCACCCGAGCCGAACCGUCUAACCCUCAAGAAGGCAGCGGCGGGUCUGGAGACAACCGAGGAGGGAGUGAUGUGAACCAGUCGGCGUCGGAGAGCGAGGCUGCCACCAAUGCUCUGCUACAGAUGGCCCCUUCCACUGAAGGCCACGGGCCUCCGAGUCUAAAUGUCGUCACUCAUAGCCACCAGCAAGCACCCCCGCAACCACCGGCCGGUUACUCCCCCCUCUUUUAUGACGCCACAACAGCCCAUUCGUCAUCAUCCAGUGCCCCGUCUUACUCGCAGCCUCUGCCCCCCAACUCUACCAUCAUGCCCCCUCACCACCCGCACUCCCCAGCCGGGGUGAAAGGAGAGCACAUAUAUCCAGCCGGAUCCCGCAGCCGUACGCUUCACACCACGGCCCCGUUCCAGCCCCUUACGGAACUGCCCUCCACCGAACAUCACCAUCUGCAUCAUCAUCUUCAUCACCCCCACCAUCAUCCUCAUCAUCAGUCAGGUGCCCAGCCCCACCAACACCUCGACUGCAGCAACCAGUUGUCACACGAUGAAAUCAGACGACACAAGAAGAAAAAAAAAAAGUCCGAUAGGAGAGAUUGGAGGGGAAAUAAGUACGAGUCCCAAGACUUAGUCAGCCGCAAGAAGAGAAAGAUAAGUUGUACAGUAAGAGGGGGGCACUUGAACAAAAAGCAAGGCUCUCUUCGCUUGACAAUUAGACGGGGAGAAGGAUCUGGUGGCGGCGGGUAUAAACUUGUCAACACUGGGGGAGUGAAGGUUCAGAUCCUGUCAUGCCUAAAAGUUCCUGUGAAGCGUUUUGGCUGUCCUAUAUGUACCAAUUCAGUGUUUUCCCGCAAAGCGGGACUGCUGGUCCACAUGGCAGUUAGACACCCGCAAAAAGCCACCACCAGGCUGGAGCGACUUCAGUGCAGCGUAUGCGGGAAGCAGUCGCACAGGCCCAUGGCCGCUUUUGUCCAUCGGGCCACUCAUCGCGCCAGAGGGACCUUCUCCUGUCAGUGCUGCUCGGCUCGCUUCUGGAACGCUACACUUCUCCAAAGGCACAAGGGGUCCUGCCGCCGCACGGCUAAGGUGGAGCGGCAAGGCGAUGCCAAGAGGAUGAAGCUUUUAAAGAGACCAGCAGAAAGACAGACCCGGGACGGUCCGGGUGAUAUGCCGUAUCACCUGCUGGGAUCGUAUAGAUACUGACAACACUCGCAUACGAUUGUGAACAGAAGAAGACAAUAAAGGGACUUGAAAAGGAAUCUGCUGAGUGUGGUAACAACUACUGUAGAGCAUCAUGUUAAAAUCACCUGAAAUUCUUCCAGAUUCUUUUGGAAUGUGUUUGAAAGAUGUGACUGUUUCCAUAGGAUCACUAACCCUUAAGUGCAUUGACACUAUGCUUGGCAGACACAAGUUUAGAUCAUAAUGUUAGCUGCACCUCCCCAUAGCGUCCCGCGUACACCUCUUGCUGUAUGAUAAAGUGUGUCUCUGCUGUGUACUUUUGUCUUGUUCAUGUAGCAGCCCUGAGGAGUUUCCAUAUGUAAAGUGCUUUUCUUAGGCGUAGGGACUUUGGGACUAAGACAUUUGUUGAUAGUUUGUCAGUGCAUGUUUGUUCUCUGGUCCAGUUUUUUGCUGAGGUGAUUGAUAUGUGACGGCUUAUUCAAGUAUAUCCCAGACGUUUGUAGUGUCAACUUGAUUUAAGAGUAUAUUCCCUAGUGAUUAUAAUCACCUAUAGAUAAAAAAAAAAAAAGUGGAUGGUAAUUAGUAGAAAGGGUCUCUCCUGCCAAAAUGAAGAAACUUACAAAAAGCCUUGCUUUUAAUGUUCACUUCAUUUCUUUCAGAUUUUCUUAGCUUUUGUACCAAGAGAUAGAACACGACGCUUUCUCAUGUUCUUUGUAUGCUCUUUUUAGCAGUGAUUAUUUCUACAGUGCUUCACGUUGUGUUCAUGACAAGGACCUAUUGGACUGUUCCAUGUAUUUAUGUACCUAACCGUCUCAACCCUCAACCUUUUUUAGCGUGUGCUGACUUGCAAUCAUAACCUUUUCUUUUCUUCUAAAGAAAGACCUUCAUUUCCUCACAUAUGAAAUGUCCGCGCCUCUUUCACACCUUGCUUUUUUUUUUCUUCUAAAGAAAAAAAAAUAUAGUUUUAGUAGAUUUUUAUCACUUUAUUUACUGAAAGCCAGUAGUUGAUUAUAUUUGAAAUGAAUAAACCUUGAGUGUAAUACUUUGGUUUUCCGUUCUUGUUCAUGCUGGGGUUUGUGUUUUAGUUUCUCGUCUUUGCAAAUGUCCAUUCAGUCGUCCUACUCAAUGGACUCUGCGAUACAUUUCAAGGAAAAGGGCAGUUUGUCCAUCAUCCACAAUCCUUAUGUGAGACAUGAACAUGUGGACCAAAAUGUGUGGCUUUAUCUUUGCAAGGUAAAAACAACAACUUGCAAACAAAACGUCCAGGUUUUCAAAUAAAAGCUCUUUUUUUUUUUUUGCUUGCAAAUCCAUUAUUUUUGUGUGCAACUUUUUUUGUGCAUGCAAAUCGUUUUUUUUAUUGUUUGGAUAAAAGGAUACAAAUUUCUCUCCAUAUGAACACAUAUCUUUUUUUUUUCUGUGCGUUCUAUAAAAACGGGUAAAAGAGGCUGCUAAGAAUACAGUACUUGGACUUUAUUGAUCCACAAGGGAAAUUGCUUGGUUACACUGACUCAGUUGCAGAAGAAAACAACAAACACGCUUUUAAAAAAAAAAGCAAAGCAAUAUGAAUAAAGUAUAAUAAAAGAAUACAGGAUUUGCAUAUUUACAAAUAGUCUGUAGAAAUAUUGUAAAUACAAGUACAUGUAUACUUUAUACAAGGGAGGGCAGACAGUACAGCGCAGUAAUUUUGUGAAUGAUCUUUUACAGACGGGUGAGGUAUUGUAGAGCUAGCUGGAUGGCGUGAGGAAUGAAUGAAGUCCUGUAGCGUUUACUGAGGGAACGGAACUGGAGGAGUCUGUUGGAGAAUGAGCUCUGCUGCCCCUCAGUUGUCCAAUGGAGAGCAGUUUGUCCACUGUCGUCCUGUCUCUCAUUGUUACGCUUCAUUACACGUAAUGGGAAGCACCUAUUCCACCAAAACCUUGUGGAAGAAAAACUCCAAAAAGCGCCAACAACGCUCCAUUUACUGUACAUAAUGUGACCUUCAUAUUAACCCACGCUACAGAAACAUUAUUAUUAUUAGCAUUGCUACGCCCAAGAACUAGUACUGGCAUAGUGACACCUCGCCUCGCCACACCGGCUAGCUACUAGCUGGCUAGCAACUAUCUUCACCACACACUCGCUCACAAUGCCUCAGGCCACUAGCGAAAGGUAAGGCUACAUAUUGGAGCGUGUUGCUAUGUGAAAUCAAUGCACCCAGGAAGGAAUUUCCCAAAAUAUUGUCAAUAUUGCAUGUUAUGAAGAAUGUAGCGGUUACUCCUGUACCUGCUCACAGCAUGGAUAUAAAACCUUUUUGGAGCUUUUUAGAGGCCUUUAUCAUCAAAAUACUGUAGGAGUGUCCCAUUACAGUCAUUGUUAGCGCCCUCAUUCUAAGUGCUUUUAUAGAGAAAAGUGUAUUCAUGUGUCACAUAAGAACUGUGGAUGGUGGGCAAAAUUCCCCAAAAUGUGCAGUUUUCCUCUAAGGCAGGGGUCUGAAACCUUUUUGGCUAAGAGAGCCAUGAAAGCCACAUUUUAAAAUGAAUUUGCAAUACAACUAAAUGUGUGCAAUUUUAAGCAAGACCAACAAUUUUAGAAUGCAGUCUCUGAAUUAUUUUUGUUAUGCUGAAGCUAACCAAUAAAAAAAAUACUUCCAAUGCGACUUCACGAUUUGAAAAAAAAAAAUCAAAAAAAUUGAUUUGCAAAGAAAAACGAUUUGCAAGGGGAAAAAAAUUGCAAGAAAAAAGGUUUGCAAGCAAAAACGGAUUUGCAGGGGAACACAAUUUGGAAAGCAAAAAAACAUUUGCAGGCAAAAAACGGGAUUUGCAAGCAAAAUGAUUAGUUUGCAACCAAAAUAAGUUGUGCAAACAAGAUUUGUAAGCAAAAACAAUCUGCAAAUAUAAAAAAGGUAAGCAAAAAAAAAUUUACAAGCAAAAAACAAUUCGCAAACAAAAAACAACUUGCAAGCAAAAACGGAUUUGCAAGAGAAAAAAACAAUUUGCAAAGCAAAAAACGAUUUGUAAGCAAAAAAUGAGAUUUGCAAGCAAAACGAUUUGCAACCAAAAAAAUUGGUUUGCUAGCUAAAUCAAUUUGCAACCAAAGUAAGUUGUGCAAACAAAGAUUUAUAACCAAAAAAACGAUUUGUAAGCAAAACGAUUUGUGUGCAAAAAAAAAAGACAUUUGCCAGCAAAAUCAGUUUGCAACCAAAAUAAGAUGUGCAACUUUUAGUUUGAUUUUUUUUCCCCUUGCAAAGUGUGUUUUUCUUUGAUUGGCUAAAAAGAUUUGUUGGAAAAAUUUCUCUCCAUAGGCUAGUAUAUUAUUUGGCAAUAAUGGAGUUUCGGUGUCUGACCUGGAAAAUAUUGGAAGGAGAUCGGGCGUUGGCUGUGGACACCCACACUGUCAACUUCAUUCAAGUCAAACUUUAUUUAAGUAGCACAUUUUAAAACAACCAGUGCUGCACAGGCUAUGUUGACAAUGAGAAAAAUAAAAUCAAACAAUAAAAUAAAUACAUGUAGAUAGCGACUUUAGCUAAAAAAAACAAACAAUCCAUAAAAUAUACAAAGUAAAGUCAGUGUGCUUGUUCAGUUUUUGUUGCAUGCCAGUGAAAAGAGGUAGGUUUUUAAAGUGCUCGAGUGUUUGUGCAUCGCUGAUGUGCAGGGGGAGGCUGUUGCUACUUGGGAUGCGGGGCUGCAGGAGCUCAGGCAGGUACGUUGCCAAGACUGUAUUUAAGCUGUUAUUCCAGCUCCACCAGGUGGCAGUAAAGCACACAUGUAAGCGUUGCCAUGAUCCAGUCCAUAGUAGGCAGGAGUGAUCUCAGUACGACUGAGAGUUGUGUAGUUGUGUGCCACGUGACCCGUAUCCACGUAACGCCACCAAUAGAAAACAGCUUUAAAUUGCCGCGGGUGUUUUGUGGAGUGCUGUGUGAGAAAUCUGAAGUCAAUCUCACUUCUUGGGUGGGGGGGUGU